CCAUUAGCAACGUCACACAGAGAACGACGCCAGUCUGGUGGUUUGUAGAAAUUGUCAAUAAUUUACCAGCACGUAUCGGGAUACAGAGACCAGUUGGGCUUUGACAGCCAUUGUUUGUGUACGGAGGCGAGGUGUUUAAGCCACAAACAUGCUGGGAACUAAAGCAGCUACCACCAUAGGACCUGAAUCGUGGAGAAACAAUACAUUGAAAGGGAUAAAAAUAUCUCAAACAAUUGUUCAAAAGAGUGACAAAAGUUGUGAUGUUGGACGGGCAUUAGACCCUCUACCUCAUCUUCGAGAUACAGUAGCCCAAUUGAGCAACGAUGAAAUUCACAGAUAUACGAGAGAAGUUAGAAUUGUGGUAGCCAGACUUAGGGAGAGUCUUUUGGACACAAAUGAAGAAAUUAAAGCCCUCUCCAGGGGGAAAGAAGCACUUGAAAAAUCAUUGGAGCACACCAGAAAAGACAUCAGGUUGAAUAAAGACAGUCAAGAUAUACGAGUAUCCAGGCCUUCAAAAGAAAGGGAACAUGACGGGGCUGAUGAUUUACUCAAUGCUGAGCGAGCUCAUCUGUUAAACUGUAAAAAGGCAUUGGAGGCACAGCUUAAGUCCGUCCAACAACAGCUCCAGGUACUUGAUGCUGCCCGGCGCCGUCUCUUUGCCACCCUACAGGAAAGGUCACGUGUGCUUGACCUACUGAACCAUGCCCUUUCCUCCAUCAGCAACACCUCAGGCUGUAUGUCAGGUCCAGGUGGACUGCAUCGCAGUAAAACCUCCCUGGAUGGUCGCUUCUCUCGUCUGGCUCUGGCCACCACACAGGCUGACCCUCUUGGGCCGUUCACACCCGAGGCUGACCAAGCUCUACUGGAUGCCGAGGAAGCCAGGUCCAGGAGCGGCUACCUUAGGAAGGAGCUGAAGGACGCCAUCGAAAGAACAGAAAAGCUAAAGGAGGCUGCUCACAAGUCAGUCAAUGAUGGAAUCACACAGAAACUCUCGGAGACCAUCACAUUAAAACAACAUCUGGGGGUCACACUUGGAGAAAACCGACAUGGAAUCCACAGGGCUCAGCGUUGGUAUGAUGCCACAGAGAAGGCUAGAGGCUACACCCUAGGACCAGUGACGAGUGCAGAUCUGACCACCAGAGAGAGGCUUGACCGACCCCUAGUAAGGGUGUUCCAGCGACAUCCUGGCACGCAGCUACCAGAGGCCCAGGAGGUCAUCAAGAAUGGUGGAGGUUUACUGCAGUCACUGACAGCUACCAGUAGGAACAUUGGGCUGCUCAAUCUGGCUAACAUCAAACUCCGGGAGGACAUCAAGAGCAAGGGUGCUGCUUCAUCUGUUGAUGCCAGCAUCAUUCGUCUUCGCAGGAGGAGAGGAGAUCACAGAUGGACCUUAGGAGCUGCUUUCUAGUUCUAUCUACUGCAUGUUUGCUGUGAACAUUGAAUAUAAAAUAGGUGCAAGGCAUCCACAGAAGGGAGCAUGUCCUGAGGAUAGCUACCACACAACAAAAGUUUAUCUAGUCUGUUACCAACAGGUUAAAACAAAUACAAUACCUUGCUUUUUAUUAUAAUUGCCAAGAAAAUUCUACAGCUUUGUUUUACUUCAGUUGUGUUUUGUGUUCAAAACCUUUCUCCGGGGACGUUCUGCAUGGUGGUGAGAGUGAGGGAGAGAAAAUGAGAUUUAUGAAUCUGGUUUUAGAAAGUAUCAAAACUUGUAGAAUUUUUUUGGCUAUUGAUAAGAACUGGAUUGAUCGAUUGACAAUUUUGUUUGAUAAUUUAAUGGAUGAUCACAAACCUUGACCUAAUGUUAUAAAGUAUUAUAACUAUAUAUUGUUGGUGUUUUGUUAUCAGUAUGCCAGUAGACUUGGUAUACAUUUUAUUCUCAGUUAAGAUCUUUUAAUAUUAUCAGAUUUUAAAACCUCAUGCAAGGCUGUAAAGUGUAUUUUUAUGAUAUUGUCCUUCAAUGUACUUCCAUUUAUUUUGACACUUUCAUUUUUACACACUUAUUAUUUUAUACUUUUUUUAAAACAGAAAUGGUGAUUAUUGCAACCAUAAGAAAAUUAGAAUUCCUUGCAUGUCUUUAAGGACCCUGUAUAUGAGUUACAUCAAUGACUUACAGUAUCAUGUUGUAUAUUCAUGGGGAAAAAACUGUAUUCUGUAACACAAUAUUUUUACAUCUUAUAUGUCCAUAUUAUUUCUUUAAAAAGUUAAUUAGUAACUUUCUUUUGAAAUUCAAAAAAAAGUGUAUUUGUUUGUGUAGUAUGGGUAUAUAUCAAGCUUUAGUGCUGCACUUUAUAGUUCUGUGUCAAAUAAAAGCUGUCAUCAUUUGUUGCUGCCAAUUCUGAUUGAGUUCAGUAUUACAGUGGCUAUUAUGAGUAUUUAUUGUUACAUGUUAUCAGUAUUAUACAUGUUGCAGUACUUAAGCUGCCAUGACUGUGUGAGGAAUCAGAUCUAAUUUAACAGUAUUUCACUGCUGAACCAGUGCAUAGUAUUAUUAUUGUUAUUAAGCAGUAUUGGAAAAUAAAGGAAAAUGCCAUGGAUUGGUUUUUCAAUCUUUAUAUAAUUUACUAUUUAAGCAGGAAUAAGGUGACAAAUUUACAAGAACAUUCCAGAUAUUGCUCAAACAACUAUUAAUUGUUUUUGGUCUUAGAUCAAAACAUUUACAUAUUAUUGGUAUUUUUUCAUUUAUUCCAUUGUUUGCAAACUAUAUUAUAUACAAUACAAAGUAUUUGUUAAUUGCUUGUUGUUACUGUAAAAAAACAAAUAUUAUAUAUUGUUCUGUUCACCAUGUAAAUACUAUAUUUAUACAUGAUUAUCAUUUACAUGUGUAUAUUGAUGACCUGCUGUCGAGCUGUGAUAACGUUAGUGACAUGUUUUUUGUUGUUGAGUUGUUAUGCUAAGAAUCCUACGUAUUCGUAUUUUCUUCCCUUUAUUUUCUUUCUUUAAAUGAUUUCAAAAGAAUGUGAUAGCUUUCUUUAUAAAACAUUCUUUUGGCACCCAUAAAACUACUCAAAUUGUAGACUGUGAUAUAAAAAAAUGACCAAUUUGCUGUCAAGAAUACUGGCCUAGAUGAGAAAAUAUUGCCUUGUGAUAAAUGUUCAUCAGUAUUUUGUUUUAUUUCAAUAUUUACAAUGAAAAUCCUGUUAUGUGAACGUUUUAUAAUUAUAAUACACAAACUCCAUGUCAAUAUUAGAUUAAAAAAAUCUAUCCUUAUUAAAUUUUCCAAAGUUUUACUCUCAUUUGGUAUUUUCUUAAUCAUUUGAAACUGGCCAACUUUUAACUAAGUAACUGCUCCUUUUGAACAAACAUGUAAGAGACAGCAUGAGUGUGCAGUUAAAGAGUUUAGAGUUUGAUAGUCAGUAGUAAUAUGGUUGACUCUAGGCCUUCCAACCCUUAAUUCACUUCUCUCCCAAGUUUAUCUGCACUAUAUCAUUGCACUGCAAACGAACUGUUUUUUUGUUGCACACCUUAUCAGACUAUUGAGAGUGCUAAAUAAAAUGCUUGAUAGGCA